AUGGCUCAGGAAGCGAAAGAAACCAUGAGGCAGCGUUUUGAGAAUAAACUUAAAUCAGUAAAUAGCAAAUCGAAUUCGGUUAUACUAAGUAAUGUGAAAAUCUUAGAUCUAAUAAAAGAAGUUAAAGAAGAAAAGUUCAAAGAGACUGGUAAAUCUUCACGACAUUAUUGGUUGCUGCAACACUACGAUGUGCUAAACGUUGAAGGACGCAAAAAGUUAAUUUUGCCAAUUAGUGAAGCAAAUGCUGAUAUUAAGUAUUAUUGUGCCAUGGAAGAUUUAUUUGACGUACUGUAUGAUAGUCAUUCGUCAAUCGGACACGGCGGACGUAAUCGAAUGAUCUAUGAAAUAAAUAAAAAGUAUAAGAACAUAACACGUAAUCAAAUUCAAUUAUUUUUGAAUUUGUGUGAACCAUGUCAACAGAAGAAAAAGGGAAUCAAGAAGGGAAUUGUGGUGAAACCAAUAAUUUCACACCAUUUUAACUCCAGAUGCCAGAUAGACUUGAUUGAUUUUCAGUCUCAGCCUGACGGUGAAUAUUAG